AUGGAAGCGCCUGCGUCCGCGCACGCCUCGGCGGCGGCCGCUGAUAGCCAGGAGGAAUCGGCGUCCGCGCCCGCGGCGGCGGCGGCAAACGAGGAGGUGCAGCCGGCCGCAGCUGCGGUGCCCGCGCUGUACGUCGGCGAUCUGCACGAGGACGUGGCGGAGGAGCACCUGUUCGACGCCUUCAGCAAGAUCGGCACUGUCACGUCCGUGCGUGUCUGCCGCGACAACGCCACAAGCAGAUCUCUCCGCUAUGGAUACGUGAACUACUUCUCUCAGGCCGACGCUGUGAUGGCUCUUGAUAAGUUGAAUCAUAGCUUGGUUUUGGAUAAGCCAAUAAGGGUGAUGUGGUCCAACCGUGAUCCAGAUGCCAGGAGAAGUGGCGUCGGUAACAUUUUUGUUAAGAACCUUAGUAAUUCUGUUGACAAUGCAAGCCUUCAAGAAUUGUUCUCCAAGUUUGGAGAUGUUUUAUCUUGUAAAGUCGCCAAAAAUGAGGAUGGGACCAGCAGAGGAUAUGGGUUUGUUCAAUUUGCAUCACAGGAGUCAGCAGAUGAAGCAAUUGGGAACCUCAAUGGCUCCCUUUUCAAUGACAGAAAAUUGCAUGUAGCUACUUUCAUUAAGAAAAGUGAACGGUCUGCAAAUAUUGAUGACAAGUUUACUAACUUAUAUAUGAAGCAUCUAGAUGAUGACAUAACGGAGGAACUUGUUAAAUUGAAGUUCUCUCAGUUUGGUUCAAUAGUUAGUGUGAAGAUUAUGAGGAGACCUGAUGGGUCAUCUUUGGGGUUUGGAUUUGUCAGUUUCCAAAACCCUGAAAGUGCCAUUAAAGCACAAGAGACCAUGCAUGGGAUGCUACUUGGAUCAAAAGCCUUAUACGUGGCGAGGGCUCAAAAGAAGGAGGAAAGGAAACAAUAUUUGCAGCGCUUACACGAGGAAAAGAGAAAUGAAAUAAUAACUAAGAGCAAUGAAUCAAAUGUCUAUAUCAAAAACAUCCAUGAUGAAGUUGAUGAUGGUGCUCUUCAUGCUCGCUUCGUUGAAUUUGGUAACAUCACAUCAGUAAAGGUCAUGCGUGAUAAUAAGGGCAUCAGUAGAGGCUUUGGAUUUGUAUGUUAUAGUACCCCUGAGGAGGCAAAGAGCGCUGUAAACAGCAUGCGAGGUGUUAUGUUUUUUGGAAAACCAUUAUAUGUGGCUAUUUUCCAAAGAAAAGAGGAGAGAAGAGCCAAGUUGCAGCAACAUUUUGCUCAGCUUGCACGAAUGGUUGGACCUACGAACUCUAUGAUCCCCACAGGAUAUCCACAAGUUUAUUUUGCCCAUCCAAAUACUCAUAUCCCUCAAGGUCCUCCAAGACAUGGAUUUGUGUAUCCACCCAUGGGGCUUAGUCAUGAAUGGAGACCAAAUAUGUUCCCCUCAGCACCAAAUCUCCAACAAAUACAUUCACCAAUGAUGCCAAAUUCACCAAGGCACUAUAGAAGCAACCGGGGAAGGAUGGGUGGGAACAUGAUGCCUCUUCCUCAUGCAGUUCAUGCAAUGAACUAUGUGACACAUGCACAACCAACUAAAGAAUUCAUGUCCAUGCCUCGACAGCGAUUCAACCAUUCGAAGUACUUCUCGAAUGAUGUUAUGGCCAACGGUUUGGACAUCCAUCAAAGUGACCCUAUUUCAAUAAUGAAUGAUUCUUUCAGCAGCUAUUUGGCUUCUGCUCCACCCGCGGAACAAAAAAAGUUGAUUGGGAACAGGCUUUAUCCACUUGUUGAGAGGCAUCAGCCUGAACUCGCAAGCAAAAUCACUGGGAUGUUGUUGGAGCUUGAUAACUCCGAGGUGGUCACGUUGCUUUGCUCAUCGGAGAUGCUGUCGGUCAAGGUCGACGAGUGUGUCCAGCUAUUGCAGGCAACCAAGCCUAAGACGGAGGACCAUGAGGCACUACACCCGGGAUUCAUGCUGAAGUCUCCUAGUGUAAAUGCCAGCUGA